GUUCACAUCUUCGUACAGUAUAGCACUGCCUAUUAUUUAAUCCAGCUAUUCAGCGUUAUUACAGCAAGUAGUGUUACUUCUGAUGGAGCCCAGGCAGGUUGCAUAAGAGUAGCAGUAUAAGCUGCGUCGCAAAUUUGAUUAAGGUCCUGCAUAUUAGAUUUUAUCCUAAUCAGGAAAAAUCAGUAAUAAUUAAUUGACAACGGUAGGACAAUGGGACUUUUUGAAAUACUGUGCGGCAUUGGAGUCGUACUUAUUGCUCUUUAUUAUUAUUUUACAUCAACCUUCGAUUUCUGGAAUGCACACGGCGUUCGUGGUCCGCGACCACUACCAGUAUUUGGUAACAUUAAGGAUGUUAUGCUCGGAAAUAAAGCUCUGGGUUUUUAUUUGAAGGAUUUAUAUGACGAGUACAAAAAUGAGUCCAUUGUUGGGAUAUUUCUUCGGAGAACACCUGUUCUUGUCGUAAAAGAUCCAGAUUUAAUUAAAGAUAUUCUUAUUAAAGAUUUCUCCAAGUUUGCUGAUAGAGGCGGCCUAGCUGUUCAUGAAAGGACUGAUCCGCUGUCGCAACAUCUUUUUGCUUUAGAAUCUAAGAGAUGGCGACCUUUAAGAACGAGUAUGUCGCCUGUUUUUACAUCUGGUAAACUGAAGGAAAUGUUCUUCUUAAUAACAGAGUGCGCCAGUCAUCUUGAACAAUAUUUAGAGAAAUUGGUAAGCAAAAAUGAGCCAAUAGAAUGCCGCGAACUAAUGGCCAAAUAUACGACUGAUGUCAUUGGUACUUGUGCUUUCGGUAUCGAAAUGAAUGCUAUAUCGAAUGAAGAUAGUGAAUUUCGCAAAAUGGGAAGAAAAAUAUUUGCGGCAUCUUGGUCAAAUUACAUACGAUUCAGACUGGCAAAUUAUACGCCAAAGUUGUAUGAUCUUCUCGGUUAUGUACUCCCGCAAAGGGAAGUAACCACAUUCUUCAUACGCGUUGUCACGGAAACCUUGGAUUACAGGGAAAAGAAUAAUGUCGUUAGACAUGACUUCGUUGACGUGCUGCGUGAAUUGAAAAAGCAUCCGGAGAAACUAGGCGAUAUCAAGUUGACUGACAAUUUGAUAGCUGCUCAAGCAUUUGUAUUUUUUCUUGCCGGCUUUGAAACCUCAUCGACAGCGACAAGUCAGGCGCUUUAUGAAUUAGCAUUAAAUCAGGAAAUACAAGAUAAGUUACGCGAGGAAAUUGAUGAAGAGUAUACAAAACAUGGCAGUAAUUUAAUAUAUGAUAAUGUUAAAAAUAUGAAUUACUUGGAUAAAGUUUUCAAAGAAACUUUACGAAAAUAUCCCCCGGUCUUAUAUCUUAUGAGAAAAUCGACAUCGAGUUAUACGUUUGAAGAUACCAAAGUUUCUGUACCAAAGGGCCAAAACGUAUUUAUCCCAGUCCUUGCAAUUCAUCGCGACCCAGAUAUUUAUCCAGAGCCAGAGGUUUUCGACCCAGAACGAUUUAGCGAGGAAGUUGCAAAAAGUAGGAAUCCAAUAUUUUAUCUACCUUUUGGCGACGGCCCGAGGAAUUGCAUUGGUGCUCGAUUUGCUGUUCAUCAAAGUAAAGUUGGUCUCAUAAAAAUACUACGUAAUUACAAAGUUGAACCUUGUGAGAAAACGCAAAUACCUUAUAUAAGUAGUGCUGUACAUCAAUUCUUAUUAGCACCAAAAGAUGGAAUAUACUUAAAAAUUACUAAAAUCAAACGAGGUUAGUAUAAAUUCGUUUGUAAGUCUCGUCAACAAUGUAUUGUACAUUGCCAGUAUAAAGCGAUAAAAGAAAUAUCUGUUAAUUGUAACAAUAUGACGUUAUCAAGUGUAAGAUAUUUUAAUUAACAAAAUUAUGUUAUAUAUAUCUAUGAUUUUUGAGUAAUAGAUAUAAUUUUUAUUUGUGAAAAACUAGAUCUUUAAACCAGAUUGAUUUUUAGGUAUGUAAACAAAAUAAUUAAUAGAACAAAUUUUUUUCUAGAUUAGUAAGUUUAAAUAUUACA